AUGGAGAUGAGCUUAGACAUAUUACCCAAUGCGGACGACAAUCGAGCUAGAGACCUGGAAGUCAUACACCUCAACAGGAUGAGCUCAAAUAUAUCAUCCAGUGCAGACCAGAACAAGGCUCGCGGUGUGCAGCAAACGCCUCGAGAUGCCCUUAACAAUAAAAUAGAUGAGCUGGAGCAAAGGCUAGCUGCCCUGACCGCCGACAUUUCUCCUUCAAGGUCAUCCAAUGCCAGCUUCAGAACCGCACAAGAGCAGACGUCACCCACACCACUCUCUCAAAACGCUCUGGGAAAGCGUAAGGAACAGGACUCGCCGAAGAGGCCAAAUCCAGUCUCGUUUCCACCUCGGAGCAGUAGACGUCAGAGUUACACCAACACACAAGCGUCUUCCCGCCCUACAACAUCGCAUCGAGCCUCUACCAGACCAUCCACCAGACGCAAUUCCACAGCGCCGACUUCGCAGGUCCCUUCAGCCUCUUCGUCCAGACGCGAAGGUCGAGCGCCGACAACGACUCGUCCGUCGGCCUCUUCUUCCAGGCGCUCUUCGUUCAGGGUCAAUCAGCCAGCUAGCACUCAGACUAGUCGACCUGCUCGACUUAAUCCAAGGAACAACACUACUUGGCCUCCUCCUACAGUCCUUCGUGACGGGAAACAGGCUCUCCAGUCCCUCCGAGCAUUCUCAGACCUCCGCGAUGACGUUUACUCUGCCAUGCAAGCCGAAGAGCGUCUGAAAUCAAGCAGCCUACCUACCCUUCCGCGCCCUACAACAGCAGACACAACGGCCGCCUCAUCGGUCUCGGCAGCAAAUGAUGUGGGCACGGGAAGCUCGCAGGACCGUCACGAAUACUCAAAUCACGUCCCAGCCGCCAACAUCGACUGGACUUCAGCAUCCACCCGCCGCCGCGAGUACGAGAAGAUCGACCAAGCACGCAGCGGCUUGCGCGGCUUCAUACGACGCGUCACCCCGCGUAUCUUGCGGCGGAAGACUGGUCGAGUCGGCUUUCAUGAUGAUGGCAAAGGUAGCGAUGCGGGGACGGUGAGGCGGUUCAGGAUGGAUGUGGCGGAUGGGGAUAGUGCUGUUGACGAAAGUGCCAAGAGCCACUGGUGGAAGUUCGGCAAGAAGAAGGCGAAAGGGAAGGGCACGUCGUCCACAGAGCUAUGA